AUGUCUUCCGGCCCGGAAUACUUGCGAUUCACAGGACAUCGGUCCUUUGCGCAACGCCUUAUUUUGUCCACACUCACCGGAAGGCCUAUUCACAUAAGCAAAAUCCGCAGCUCAUCGCCGACAAACCCAGGUCUCGCGCCGCAUGAGGUCUCUUUUCUCCGACUCCUUGAAGCCGUCACCAAUGGAAGUUCUAUGCAAAUUUCGUACACCGGUACGACGAUCACGUACCACCCUGGUCUGAUCACCGGAACCAUGGCAGGCUUUGGUGCGUCGGAUGGCGACGUUAUCGAACACAGCCUACCUGCGAACAACACCCGCGGCGUCACUUACUUCCUCCUUCCGCUCUGUCUCCUCGCCCCGUUCUCAAAGGCUCAUGUAAACGUCCGAUUCUCUGGCCCUGGUGUCAUCACUUCUGCCACCCAGACUGGUGACAUCUCCGUCGAUUCAUUUCGCACUGCUAUCCUUCCGCUUUUUGGCCUAUUCGGAAUCCCACCGGCGCGAAUUGAGCUGCGAGUGCUGCAGCGGUCUUGCCCCGGAAAGGGAGGAAGAGGAGGUGGCGGAAUUGUCGAGCUUCGAUUCGCGAGUCAAGUGCGACUUCCCAAAACCUUGCAUCUGAAUCGAAACCCCGGCAAGAUAAGGAGGAUAAGAGGUGUCGCAUACUGUACUGGAGUCUCGGCGUCCAACAAUAGCAGAAUGAUUCAUUCUGCGAGAGAAGUAUUGAACGCAUUGGUCUCCGACAUUCACAUUGCGGCACAGUACGACCAGGCUCCACUAAUCACGGCGGCCGAUAAGUCCAAGACGCGGACAGGUAUUGGUUUUGGCUUGAGUUUGGUCGCCGAGUCCAGCUCUGUUGGUGUGCUAUAUUCAGCAGACGUCGUCGCUCCUCCCGUUGGCGGAGUUGUGCCAGAAGAUAUUGGCAAGAACUGUGCCUACCAGCUACUGGAGACCAUUGCGCGAGGAGGAUGCGUGAGCCAUUCAUCUGCUAGCACCGUCCUAACGCUUAUGGCCAUGGGCUCUGAGGAUGUGGGAAGAUUGAGGAUAGGCAAGGACGUCAUAGGGACAGAAGAAGUAGUGGGCUUGGCCCGGGACUUGCGAACGUUUGGUGCAAGCAGCUGGGGUUUGAGAGAUGUGGAUGAUGAUGACUCGGGUGACAUACUUGUCUCCGUCAAAGGUAGCGGUGUUGGUAAUGUUGGUCGCAAGAUUGCUUAA